AUGACCACAAUGCUGUUUCCUCUCACAGUGGCCUUCAGUUUCGUCGCCAUCCUCACAGAGCCACUGUUGUGCGUCUCUGCCGCUGUGGGACGUCAGGACAUUGAGGCGUGGGUGCCGCUUGAUACCACCCUGGCAGUUGGUCGUGCGCACAGCGCCGUUUUGUUUGUGAAUGCGUCGUUCCUCGUCGUUGGCGGGUGCACGGACCCGGGCUGUAAUUUGCAGGUGAAUGCGGUGGACACAAUUGAUCCCGGUCUGCAGACUGUCACAAGGCACGGUGAGCUCCCUAUCAUGCUGCAGAUGCCGGUGCUCAGCACCCACUCACAGGCCAUGUCGGUGCCGCUUCUUGUAGCAGGCCCCACCACACUCGUGCGCGUCGACGGCACGGACGACGAGGACUGGGCACUCUACGUGGUCGGCGCGUGCAGCUACUACCUGCCAGAGCAUCAGGGAUCGCCCCAGUCAAGUCUCGUGCGGCAGAAGUAUUCGGGCAUUUGGCGUCUCUCAAAUGAUCUGACGCGUGUCGAGGACCACUACAGCAUCCACCCAGAUCCAUUGGUCGACAGACCGGUGGGGGAGAUGGAGCCGCCGCUCUACCGCGCAAACGCCAGCUGCAUUUCCAAUAGGCAUCUACUCUUAAUUGUUGGUGGUGUAGACAUCGACACGGGGAGGCCUCUCAGAUCCGUAGACGUCUACAACACGAAGACACGACACUACACAUCCGAUGCCUUUCAGCUUAAGGUGGCUGUGCGGAAUCCGCUCGUGGCUGUUGAUAGUGAGCUUGUAUACGUUGCAGGUGGCGAGAUGCAAGUCAUGGUAGACGCAACAGAGUCACGUAUGGAAUCGGUCUGCAGGCGUUCAGCUCGCAACGUCCGUCACAACCUCUCGGGAAGCGGCGAUUAUCACACAACUUUUUGGUGUCCGUCCGUCGCCGUGCAAGCGAUAACACUGAACAUGAGAGCAGAAAUCAACAACACAGAAACCAGUGAAAAUUUCACUUGCCUUCACUCUGUUGGAAACUUGCCUGCCAAUAUGGAGCUCAUUGGUAGCACUGGUAAAGAGGGUAACUUUCUUCUAUCCAGCAAAAGACAUCUAUUCGCUUUCAAUGGCAAGCUAUGUGUGGUGCUGAACAGCAGCUUCGUGAACUGUCUGGACUUAGAGCAGCAGCUGAAGUGUCCUUGGUCCCUCGAUUCAACGGACGAUUGGCAACCGCUGUGUGGAACUGCAUCCUUUCCACCCGUUGUCGCGUCAUCGCCAUUCGCGUUUCCACUUUCGGUUGGUGUUCUUGGCGCUGUAUUGGCCUUCUUUGAGAUUGGUGGAUUCGAGAAGAAUAUGGAGGCCUCUGCGCGUGUGUUUUACCGAAUAAGUAGCUUGGGCGUCACGAGUGUGCCGAAUGUGAGUCCAUUGGUGCAGAGCGGCAAGCCGCUGAGCCUCACACUCCACCCACCAAAGAAUGGCUACGUGCGGCUCUCUGGAAGCCCUGCGUGCAGCGGAAAUGCAGCAGGAACGCAGGAUGUGCGCGUAUUCAAUCGCCCCGACGAAACAACCGCCGCCGUCUUCCUGCCCACCGCCGAGAACGAGCACGUGUACGUCUGUUUUGCCAACAGCCCAGUGGAGCUGUCGUGCAAGAACGAUGACUGCUUUGCCCCCAACGCGCUUUCAUACCUUUAUAGCCCCAUCACCUUCACGCCGUUUCGCAUCCGCCACGACCUCAGUCCUUCCCACGGCGGCGGUAAAAGUGAACGUGGCAUGCUUGGUGUGAGUGUCGUCCUUAGCUUAGUGGCUGGGUCCAUCAUUGUGACUAUCAGCGCACUUAUGUUUGUUCGCUUUGUGUGUAAAAAUGAGGACAGGAGUGAUUUCUCGGCAUGUCUCCUCCUCCCUGAGGACGAGGACGGCUACAACAACAACAACAACGAUGAGGGUGCUCAGCAGCUGCAGAAGAAGCCAGAACGCGAUCGCAAAUCCCCUCACUUGGAAGAACGCACCGCCACUGGUAUCAACAGCAUAGGCAACGGCCCCGCUUCCAUCAGUCCACCAGCAGUGCGGCUGAACCCGAGGGCAGAGAAGGACUCUCUGGUGAAGAACACAACACACGGCUCACGUUACGAGGUGGUGCGGCGCAUUGGGGAAGGGGCAUUCUCGUCAGUGCACUUAGUGCGACGCAAGACCGAUGGACAGCGGUUCGCACUCAAGUUUCUAGUAUGCGCGGAUAACAAGGAGCGAUUAGAUGCUAUUCGGGAGUGUGAAACAAUUAACUCGGUGCAGGGUCACCCCAACAUCAUCCGCCUCGUAGACAUGUUUAUGAACUACGAGUUUGGCGAUAGCCAGACCGUGACAGAGCCUCUCCCUGGUGCACUGGCCACAUCGCCAUCGUCGGUAUUAGCACCGCAGUGGGGUGCAGCAGCAGCAGCAGCAGCAGGCAUGGUAAAGCAUCAGGUCUUUGCCCCAUACCAAAAGGCGGUAGUACCGGGUAAGCAACAACAGCAGUGGCAGCAGCAGCAAACCACACAAAUGACACCUGUUGAGGUGUCAUUGCCAUUAAAGUUGGCACAGGAGGAAUUGCCGCCUCCUUUGAUGGCAGCAUCCCUCAAGAACGUAAAGAACGUCCCUGCAAGCCGCAAUCUGGCAAGACAGGGACAGGGGGCACAGCUCAUGUUGAGUGAGGCAGAUGCACAGCGACUAGCGUCAGAGAUGGCAUCCCGUCAGAUACCGCAGCGCAAUGCUUGGGUGACGGAAUAUGGAAACUAUGAAGUUGAGGCUGUGAAGCAAGUAUCCGAUCCAAAGGCUCAUCCUCCAGUGAUCCCGGCAGCUUUGGAAGUACAACACCAACAACAGCCGCCGAUGCGCACAAGCAACUCUCCAUCGCUGCAGAACUUGAGCAGUAGUGCCCCCCAGCGAUCAGGGCUGCACAGUCCAAAUACUGCCAACAUUACUACUAAUGUGCCGGUGGUGGCGGUGCCACCGUUACAGAUGAAGAACACGGUGCAUUACUGCAACUUUGCGCAUCCAUCGUCCCAGCAUCUGCUCCCAUCCGUGCUAACAACAACAGCGCCACAGCAGCAAGUGGGAGGGGGACAGCAAGAAGGGUUGUUGAUGCGCGAGCAGCGUACGUCGCAGGAGCGACGCCGUGUCAUCCGCUACAAAGACUUUGACGCCACCUCGACCGCUACUGGUGGUGCCCUGUUUUCGCUGCCGUUUGCACAAAACACGACACAAGCCCCGUGUGUGGCCCCUGCGACGUAUGCACCCAUCCGAUAUGUGCAGCCUGCUGUGGAGAACAUGCAGUACACCAACUUCGCUGCUGCCGGUUCAGGUACCAGCAACACAUGUGGUGUGGCUGUAGUGAGGACUAAACCAAAAUCCGUUGCAGAUGCAGUGCGUGCUGCUCGUAUGCCCAAGCCUAACAAUGGUGAGACAUGCGUCGUUGCGUCAAUGGCAACGCCUGGUAGCACAGCCGCCACCGUCGUCAAGAAUGAUCCCAUCUAUACUACUGCAGCAGCAGCAGCAGCAGCGAAUAGUCCACAGCCUUCGACCUUGCAGCAGCCUCAACACGAAGCGGAGGGCGCUAGGAAGGUCAACCCCUCGCCCAAUGUCGCCUGUUUGAAAGACAAAACUCAAAUAGCACAGCCGCAAGACUGUAAAAAAGAUGCUGAUAAGUCUUUGUUGAAGGUGGCACCUGGCGCUAAGUCGUCAGUGCUGGAACCGGUCAUCAGGCGCCCGCUAGCGGCAGCCCAUGGCGCCAUCAACCCGGUAACAACCGGCACGUCUGAGAGCGGACCGGUGCACACACGCUUCUUGGGACUCGUUAUGGAGUACCAUCCAAUGGGAGAUCUGUGCGGUUACGUCCUGCGUCACUCAGCGAAGCACAACGCGGAGUUGCGGCGCCAGCUAGAUGAUGAGAGGGCGCGUAUGGCAAGGGCGCGCGAGGAAAUGGGCAGGAGAAUGGAAGAUGAGGCGGGAAGUUGGGUGCACUUCGUUCCUGAUGAUGAUAGCAGCUUCUCCAUUUUCCGCCCUGGCAAGUCAGUGAAGUGUUUCAGCCAAGACACGCACUGUCAGUCGUCGCUUGAUCGCCUCAACGGCGCGUCGAUUAACACCACGGCGGGGUCGUGCAGCUGCAGUAAUGAUGACAUCAGAGGUAGCAACUGCGGUAGCCUCAGCAAGGAGGAGGAGGAUAGCUUUAUCAUGCGUUCCAACGCCUUCACGGAGCCACAGCUGCAGUCGGUCGCCUACCAGCUCUCCAUGGUGCUGCAGCACCUGCACUCACAGAAGCCACCCAUCGUGCAUCGCGACCUCAAGCCGGAGAACAUUCUCAUUCGUGGCGAACCGACCGACGACGACAGCGAAAGGCACCGCCAUGGCAGCAGCGACGAGGGCGUCCAGGCGGAGCACCACAAUGAUCACCAUCACCGCCACAGCAAGAACCAUGAAGGUAAUGAGGACGGUAGUGGUGCACCUUGGCACCGAAAGCUCCAUAGCUCCUCACGCCAGCACGGAUGCACGGUCAAACUAACACAAGACGUCAUCCCCAUUGUUGUAACGGACUUUGGCCUGGCGUUCGUGCAGGAGGAUCGGCGCCGCACCGGUCGUGGAGGCGGCACACGGCCGUAUAUUGCCCCCGAAUGUUGGAGCGGUCAGACAACCACCGCGAGUGAUGUAUGGAGCCUCGGUUGUGUGCUGUACGCCCUUGCCACGGCGCGUGUGACGGCGCAGACGGUACGUAUCAUGUACGAAGAGGCGAAGCGUGAGGGGUUUGCUGCAAUGGUACUGAAUGACAUUUUAGGGGCAAACUACUCAUUGGCAUUUGCGAGCUUUGUCGUCUCGCUGCUUGUGGUGAACGCGAGUAAGCGCCCCACUGCGGCGAUGGCGAUGCAGUGCUUCAUGGUCGAGGACGGUGUUGUGCGGUUUAACCCCAACUGCCCCUUCUUCAGCAACGUGCUCGAUCUGUAA